AGCUCAAUUAUAUUUAGGUCGACUGAUUUUCUGAGUGACAUAUUGGUGUACUUGGUUUAUAGCAACAUCACAAGUGUGACAGGCAGUUAUGCCACAUGGCAGUGUAUAUUUGUGAAUAUUUUCGACAACAUGAACCUAUUAUAUAAUCGGAGUAGUAGCUAUGUAGUUAAAACGUUCACCUUUUAACCAUUAAAUCUCAUACUCGAAAAAUACACUGCAAUGUCACAUAACUGCUUGUCACACUUGUAAUGUGGCUAUAAACCAAGUACACCAAUAUGUCACUCAGAAAAUCAGUCGACCUAAAUAUAAUUGAGCUUUACUCAAUCAAUCCUUUCAGUCAAUAAUCAUACUGUGUUGUUUUCGUCCUUCAUUUAGCUAACAAUAUUUCGUUAUUAUCAAUGGCAACUAAUUCAAAACUGCGUAUUGGUACACAUGAUGGACGAUUGCAUUCAGAUGAAAUACUUGCAUGUGCAAUGCUCAAACAUUUACCGGAAUACUCAAAUGCUGAGAUUAUACGCACGAGAGAUUCAAGUAUUUUGUCAACGUGUGAUAUCGUCGUUGACGUUGGUGGUGUAUUCAAUGCUGAAAAUCAUUUAUACGACCAUCAUCAAAGAGAAUUCAAUCUUACUUAUAAAGAUUUUCAUCCAAAUUCUGAUUGGGAUAUAAAAUUAAGUAGUGCAGGUUUGAUAUACGUUCAUUUCGGUCGAAAAAUACUAAGUUGUAUACUUGGUAGAGAUGAAAAUACUAUGGAUCCAUUGGUGACGGCACUUUUUGAUAAGAUGUAUAGUUCAUUUAUUGUUGAGAUAGACGCCAUCGACAAUGGUGUUUCAAUGGCAACAACACCUUUAAAGUUGUUUGAAUUUUUAAAUUGA